GAAAGCACUUGCCAUCGCACCGACCUCUUAGUUUACCGAUUACUGUGAUGAGCAAAAAUGCUCCAGUCCUUAGAACUUUAGUUAGCAUAUGAAUUUCAAUUAAAUAAGAGAAAUUAGAGAAAAACACAACGAACAAAUACAUAUAGUCGUUUAGAGUGUCAUAUAAUUUCAGCACGAGAAUCUGAAUCCGAGGAAUACCUCGAAAUCCGACUGAUCUGAACCGCCCUGCAAUUUCAAAGAAACAGAGAUGGAGGAAGAUGAAGAGAAGUCGUCCUCAAAUUAUUUCAGUCCAACCACAAAGAACAAGGCCUCCAUGGACGGCAGCCGAGUCGACUGGACAAACCUCCCACACCAGCUCCCCCCACUCAUCGCCGACCGCCUCCAAACCCACCUCGAACACCUCCGAUAUCGCAGCGUCUGCAGCUCCUGGCGCUCCUCCAUUCCCCGCUUCCAAAGUUCCAAUCCCCCCAGAUUCCCUUUUCCGCUCUCCCAAGGGCCCACUGCCUUCCUCUCCCAAACCACCGUCUACCUCCUCCGCCCCGACCCGGAUCCAAAUGCAAAUCGUUCCGCGUCAUCAUCUUCAGCCUCUUCAUUCAAGGGUUGGCUGCUGAAGCUGGAAGAGUCUUCUGGCAAAAUCCGUCUCCUGAAUCCGAUCACCAGCUCGCGGAUCGGGUACUUAAACGACGGUGUUGUGGUAAACCCCAUGGAUUUGAAUUUGCUGGACUUAAACAUGGUGGCGUUGACCAGAUCAUGUGUGCUCAGAGACACAAAUGGAUCCGGAUCCAUUUUUGGUAUAAACAAGGUGAUUAUAUCCCCCAAUUUCAAAGAUUAUUGCUCAAUUUUCAUGAUUUACAACAAAGGAAAAUUGGGUUUUGCAAAAAUUGGUGAUCAAAAGCUCACACUCAUCAACGAUCAAGUUUCUGACUACGAUGACAUGAUUGUGUACAAGGGUCGCCCUUAUGUUGUGGACAAAUGGGGUCAAAUUUUUUGCAUCGAUUCAUCGUCGUUGGAAUUGGUGCCGUUUUCACCUCCGAUCGGGCUUGGUCACCGGAAGAAUUUAGUCGAGUGUUGCGGGGAGCUUUGUGUGGUUGAUAGGUACCUUGAUCACCAGGGUUCAAACUCUCGAGAAGGAGGUUUUGAUUCUGUUUAUUACAAUUUCUUUCAGCGCUAUCGUCGCCUCCGGCACAGAUUCUACGAGGCAGGUCAGCUGAAGGUGGUUGACUUUAGGGUUUACAAGUUGUUGGAGGAUGGUGAUGAGGGGUUGGGGAGGAGAUGGGUUGAAGUGAAGAGCUUGGGGGAGCAAGCUUUGUUCUUGACUGUUGAUUGCUGCUUCUCUGUUUUGGCUGCAGAGUUGGAGGGGUGUAAAGGUAAUUGCAUUUACUUCACAAAUUCUAAUGACAUUGGUCUUGCAUUUAGAGAGUUGGUUAGGCCAGAUGGGUCUGUUUUUAGCAUGGAGGAUCAUAGCAUUGAGGGGCUUGGAUCUUCCCCACUUUAUUCCAAGAUGUUUUGGCCACUCCCUACCUAAUUAUCAUUUUAUAUUAAUGUUAGUAUAUACUAGUUUCUCUGCACGCGUUUAACGCUUGUAAAUAUGUAUUUUCCGAUAAGCGGAUGUGAUUGCGAUCAGUAAAUUUAGAUAAACUGCUUAAAAUAGUCGUGCGAGAUUGGUGUUGUUUUUCGUGACUACCAAGAGUGUGUGAUUGGAGCUUUCAGUUCUAGAUUGAUGUUCAUUGUGCUCUGUAUGCAGAAGUCUUAGCGAUCAUUAGAUAAUUGAUUGAGUUGCCUUC